UCUGGCAUUUUUGCAGUAAACUUCAAUAUGAAUCAUAAACUCCGAAAAAACUAUCGCCGAUUUAAGUGCCGUGUGAGACGCCGAGCUUUGUUCAAAACGUUAGAUGAGCUGUUCGCUCGGGCGCUUCUGCUUGCUGAAGCCGAUCGGAAAUUUGAGAAGUUCUACGUUCGACACGAAAUCGGCUUAGAGGAGAUGCCUCGAGAGAAAUUUGAAUUGUUUUUUCGUUUACGAUCCUACGCGGAUUUCUGCCGCCUUCUGGAAGCUCUGGAUCUUCCAGAACGGAUUGUUUGCGACAAUGGGACCGCCGUGAGCGCGGAAGUCGCUUUGGCUGUUACCCUUCGACGUCUCGCGUACCCUUGUCGGUGGGUGGACACAAUGGACUUUCUUGGAAGAGACAGAACUCAACUAUCAAGAAUCUUCAAUACCACCCUGGACCUCAUUUAUGACAAAAAAGGGUGGCUGCUGGAAUCGCUCGGUUGGAUAACGCGGGAGCGUAUCGAGAAAUACGCGGAUGCUAUUCAUCGUGCAAGUAAAGGGCGAUAUGCCCACUGUUGGGGAUUCAUAGAUGGGACAGCGCGGGCAAUCUGCAAGCCGAGCUUGUACCAGGAGGAUUAUUAUUCUGGCCAUGCAGGCACUCACGCGUUAAAGUUCCAGUCUGUGGUCGCACCUGAUGGGUUAAUCAUCAAUAUGUUUGGACCGGUUGAAGGGCGUCGUCAUGAUGUUUUAUGCUGCUUAAGAGUCAGCUGCGAAAACGGCUACAGAGGAAGAACCUCGAUUGGGGAAACCCCGAGUAUUGCCUGUUUGCAGACAAAGGUUACAAUAUCUCGCCUGAAAUUCAAACUCCGUAUAAAGGUCUCAAUUUAACGCCGGAAGAAAUUGAGUUUAACAAAGAUAUGGCUCUGUGCCGCGUGGCGGUUGAACUUGGAUUUUUAAAGAUUGCGCGAUCUUUUGCCUACUGUAACUAUUCAAGAAGUCAGCAGCUGUUGUGGCAGCAAACUGCCAAAAUUUAUCUCGUUUCUGCUCUUCUGACCAACUGUUUGACGUGCUUAUAUGGCUGCGCUAUUAUUGGCGGCAAAUACAAAGUGGAGUCACCCACGUUAGAGGAU